AAUAUUCAGUGAUUUAUUUAUUUAUUGGGUUGUAGGGUUUUCAAUUAAAGGUUCUGCUGCCAGAUAGAGUGAGAAGCGAGAGAGAUUGAAGAUGGAGUUGAGAAGCGAGAGCGACUGAAAGGGCAAAAUUUUGGGCUUGCUGCAAUUGGCUGCCGCUGCUCGUUCGUCUUUUUUGUAGUAAGAGUCACCAAGAAUUGCUUACUCCUGUGAGGCCCUCAUUUCCAUCGUGCUGAAUUGCUACAUACAUUUUAUCAGGUUUGGUUUCCUUUUCUCUUAUUCAUUCCUUGUAUUUGUUUUGCUUACUCCUUCUUUUAUCCUUGAAUUCAAUUCAUUCUAAAAUUUCUCCAUUCCCAACCGUCCAUUGGAUCGUUAUGCUUUCAAAACAUAUCUCGUACUGCACAAUAAUUGUUGUAGAAAUCCUAACAUUGAUCCUCUUUUAUAUACCAGUAGCCACAUUAAGAAAAAAAAAUGUGAUAUCAUAACACACUAGCUUUGCUCCAACAAAACGAAAGGUGUCAGCUUUAAUGUCCUAACAUUAGCUUCUGGCACAUACUUCUGCAUCUGACAGUUUGCUUUCACAAACAACUGAAAAUGCCAUCCAUUAAGACACUUUAACUUAUUAUUGUGCAACAGUUCACAAUAGUGGAAAGUCACACUCAAUACAUCUCUAAAGUUUUAUAAGCUAUACUUCUUAAUUUUGACAUACUUUCUUUGUAUAAAGACAUUUGUUAACUUUUUUCAAUUUUACAUGAGCAAUGUGGUUUCUGACCUUAAUAUUUUUUUAAUUUCUGGUAAUCCAUCUUGAGUUAUGUUUUUAUAUUUUUUUCGUAACUUGGUUUUCAUCUUCUCCUGAUCACUUAAUCUGCAUCUGAGAAAUGAUAAACAAAAUCAGCACCUCCUGCAAAUAUGAUAAUUGUGUAUUCCCACUCCCAAUUAUUGAUUUAUGAGGAAGAUUGGUUUCAGAAGGAAGUAAAACAAUUUGUUGUUAUACACCAUGCUGAGUGCCUUGCAAUCUUGUCAAGAUCUUUGGAACUUCCAAGUGAAGUGGGAGAGUUCAGCUGAUAAUUGAAGGAUCUCGUGGAAAUGGCAACGUAUUUGUGGAGAAAAUAUGCAGAUUAUGUAUACACAAAAUGGGAAAAGACGCUCCUCUGGGAUAUGGUAGAACCAUUUAGGAGACCAAAAUCGUUUACUCCUCUUGUUACAAUCUACAUAAGUGCAUUUUAUACAGGGGUUAUCGGAGCAGCCAUCACUGAGCAACUCUACAAGGAAAAAUACUGGGAAGAACAUCCUGGGCAAGAAGUGCCUCUAAUGAAACCAAUGUUUUAUGGUGGUCCUUGGAGAGUAAUGAGAGGCGACGUUCCUCCUAUGGGGAAGUUCGAUUUCUAAGCUGCAUUCAGUUGGAUAAUUAUUCGGUAUCCAACAUAAGCUCUAUGAGAAGGAAAGGUACCACCCUAGACUUUUGUUCAACGGCAAAGGUAGUACAACAGCACGCGAUUGUGUGAUAGGUGCACACGACUUCAACUCAGGCCGAUUAUCCACCAAUUCUGGAACUGGUACGUAAUAAAAGAGAGGUACCAUUUUUCUGUAAGUGUUGUGCAUUUAUAUUUGAACUAGCCUCUCUUGUGAAGAUUAUAAUAUAGGUUUCCAAUUUUCUCUA